UACUGCCUGCUCAGAGUCAGUACAGGGCGGACCAGAGAGAGAGCAGCCGCUGAGGGACAUUAGACUUCUCUGCUUGCUGCAACCAUGGAAAUGAAAGGAACCAAUGGACAAGACCCAAAUUAUGGAGGUGGUUACCAACCUGCAAUGAACCCAGGACCAGGAUAUCCACCAGGGAAUCAACCUGCUCCCGGAUUUCCACCUCCAGCUAUGCCAGGACCUUAUGGAUAUGCACAGCCAGCACCCGGAGCAUACCAAGGUCAACCAGGUAAUCCUAACUAUGGCCCAUAUGGAGGAGGCCCUCCUGUACAAAACCAGCCGAUGCUUUCAGGAAAUGUAGCAUCUGCAUGGAUGCCAGCACCUCCACCAGACCCCAACUGUCCACCAGGAUUAGAAUAUCUAUGCCAGAUAGAUCAACUUCUUGUCCAUCAACAAGUAGAACUACUGGAAGCUUUAAUUGGCUAUGAAUCGAAUAACAAAUACGAGAUCAAGAAUAGCAUGGGUCAGAGGGUGUACUUUGCUGCCGAACAAAACGAUUGCUGUACGAGGAACUUCUGUGGAGCCGCUCGGUCAUUUGCCAUGACGAUUGUAGAUAACUCUGGUCGUGAGGUAGUGCGAAUCAUACGCCCUUUCAGGUGCUCUGCGUGUUGUUUCCCAUGCUGUCUACAGAAACUUGAAGUUCAGGCUCCUCCUGGAAACGUAGUUGGCUAUGUGAAACAGAAAUGGCACCCAUGUCUGCCCAAGUUUGUUAUACAGAACGAGCGUGAGGAGGAUGUUCUUAAACUGCACGGACCCUGCAUCCCCUGUAGAUGCUGUUCAGAUGUGAACUUUGAGCUGAAGUCACUUGAGGAGGAGUCUGUUGUUGGACGGAUUUCCAAACAAUGGUCCGGAGCUGUAAAGGAGAUAUUUACAGAUGCUGACAACUUUGGAGUUCAGUUCCCCAUGGACCUUGACGUAAAGAUCAAAGCUGUCAUUCUUGGUGCCUGCUUCCUUAUUGAUUUCAUGUUUUUCGAAAAAUCUGGAAAUAACAAUUAGAAUGUGAAGAUGGCUUUAAACUGGGAGGAAAAAACGAUUUGUUUUUAAUUUCAGGUUUUUAAAUGCAUGGUUGACCGUUUUUAUUAUGUAUUUUAUUUUCAAAUGUAUAAAUCCCACUCAGGUGUUGUUAACCAGGGCGCUUUGACUUUUUUUUACCUGUUGCCUAGAAGAUAGGAUGUUCUGCGCAGCCGUUGCUCUCAGAACCUGAGACCAGCAAAUUUUACUAUGAACCACACAGCCAAAUAACCAGUUUCUAUGAUAUGAGGUUAUACUCCGUUACCCCCCACCCUGCUUAGAUUACUUCUUUCUGUUGACUAUGCACUCCAAUGCUUAGGAUUCCUGCAGUGUUUUUGGAAAAAUACCAAUCCUGUUUGUGAGAAAAAGCUGGAAGUGGAUACAGCAGGAAGAAAUCUCUAAAAAAAAAAAAUGAAACUACCACAAAAAUUGUGGCAUUUAAAAAACAAACUGUGAAACUACCCUUUUUUUUUUUUUUCUGGAAAAGCCAGAGUUUUUGAUGAAGGGGAAAUGCAAAGGAAGGUCUCCUUUCUGCUUGAUCUACUUCUGGCUUUGGCUCAAACUGCAGUUUAGGUUAACACUCUAUAUUUUUUUUAUUUUUUUGUAAAAAUAUUGCAUUUUCUGUUUUUUGCACAUCCAGGUGUUACAUGUUGGCUAAUAGUAAAAUAUAUUUUAAAAAAACUACAAAUAA